GUGAAUGUUCUGUGAUUGGGGAUGUAUUUAGUCGGAGGCAGACAUGCUGCAUUCCCAUACGCAUACCCUAUGUAGUCAGUCUUCGUCCAUGGGGUUAUCCAAGGCGGUGUUCCGUCAACUCUCGAGAGUUCUGUGUUACCACCUAACUGGGUUUCCGUCGGACUUCCCCACCGAGUACCGAAUCUACCGACCCAAUAUCUAAUCUAACAUUCAAUUCUUCCUCGUGGUCGCCGCUGACAGGCUAACCACGGUACUACCGAGAAAAAACAAAGUCAUAGCCCUUUCAAGUUCUCCUGUUUUCCUUCUUGACGACGCUUGACAUUUCGUUGGCGCUCAUUUCUCAAGCAUGGUACCUAUCGGACCCUCACUGGCUGCCUCGACAUCUGCCUCGAUGCUAUGGGCAACAGCCUCAAAAGAGUGGGUGAUCCCAGCUAAACCCAAACCCGGGCGAAAGCCCAAGAAGGAGAGCUCUGCCGACCCUCCAGCCCCAAAAGAUGAUGAGGAUUCAGAGUCUGCAGAUAGGCGUGUUCAAAACAGAGCCGCCCAACGCGCAUUUCGCGAGCGCAAGCAGUCUCAGCUUGCUGAGCUACAAGCUCGCCUUCAUUCUUACGAACAGGGAGAAAUUGAGCGUAAUGUCGCACUCCAGAACAUUGCGAAGAAAAUGAAAGAUGAGAACGAAGAGCUCAGAAAGGAGAAUCAGAUGUUAAAAGAAAAAAUCGCUCGUCUCGAGUGGGAAGCAGAUUCGAAUGAUGGAGACAGAAAGAGGAACAGGGAGAAUGUUGCGGUCGUGCCAUCACCUAGCAUGUCCCCCGAACGACCUAUCCGCAACAGCAACAAGCGAGCGAAGAUGGAAGCCGAGGCAAUGGACUCGCCGCAGGGCAUUCCAAGUCAUUUUACCUCCUAUAGCCCCCCAUCCACUUCAAUGGCUUCCUCCCCUGAUGACGGAACCACCACCAGCUUCUCCUCAGCAGGUCGUUCAGGACUUUUUCCCACACCCCCACCUUCCCUCACACACAUGCUCAGCUAUUCUUCAUCGGAGCCUGUCCCAGCACUAGAUGCACUGGAUGCACUAGAUACACAAGAUUCAGCCGAUUCUUUCCAAUGUGUAUUGUGUAGUCCAGAGACUCCUUGCGUUUGCAGGGAGAUGGCUAUGCAGGAUGCCAUUACUGACAAUAAUUUAAGUCACGUAUCACUCGAACCAAAACAUGAUCAUUCUGCCAUCAUGUCACCUAUGGACCAAUCCACGCAGAUAGGGGUACCUGCAUCUUCGCAGAUGAACAUCCUCGAGAACCUCCCGGCAUACCAAGCGCCUGUCCCAAUACGUCGACGAGUGCCGGGUCAGAGCACAAACCCAGUCUUCUCUGUGACUCCGAUUUCAGUCUCACUCUCCGCCAAAUGUUCAGGUGACCCUGCUAAUUGCAUGGCAUGUUCAGACGACGCUUUCGGGAAAGCGUUCUGCCAGGCAAUUGGACACUCCGUCAAUUCGACAUCACCGUGCAUCGACUGUCCUCUACGGACUAACCAAUCCGACAAGAUUGUUGUCGGCGGUUGCUGUGGCGACAUCAUGAAGUGUGGAUCUUGUGGCAUAGCGCCCAUGAUUUCGUCCACGAAUCCCCGCGCUGAGACGUCGAUACCGACUGACGUUGCUUGGCGUCAGCUCAAGUCGCACCCAAAUGUCGCAUUCGCAGAUCUGUCACUAUUAGCCGAAGUGGUUGCUCGUAGAUCCAAGUGCACUGGCUCACGGGUGGUAAUAUCACCGGCGCCAGGAUCCAUUACGCCUGAACGUAACGCACUCACUGGCAUGGCAGGACAUUCUCAUCAGGGUGGAUCCAUGGCGCCAGAUCAUCAUUCGGUUCUACUGACGGAUCCACAUGAGCGAUACCAUCAACAACAAAGAGAGCAGUCCUCACCACUAAAGCUCGUUCCGCAAGAGGUAUUGAUCGAGUGUGGACGUCGAAGAAUGCGGGAGGUGAAUGCGGAUGGCGUCAGAGAAGCGCUCCGACUGCUAGAUUCUAAGUUUGCACAUGCUCGAUAAGUCUCAUGCUUGUAGAUAUUCUGUAUGUAGUAUGUAUUAACCGCG